GUGCAUCUUCUCCCCGCCGUCGUGCUUUGGUGUAACCAGAGAGGAGAGAGAACGAAGAUGCAGAUCUUUGUGAAAACCCUGACAGGGAAGACCAUAACCCUUGAGGUCGAGUCAUCGGACACCAUCGACAAUGUAAAGGCGAAGAUCCAAGACAAGGAAGGGAUUCCGCCGGAUCAGCAGCGCCUGAUCUUCGCUGGAAAGCAGCUGGAGGACGGUCGAACCCUAGCCGAUUACAAUAUCCAAAAGGAAUCGACACUCCAUCUGGUUCUCCGCCUUCGUGGUGGAGCGAAGAAGAGGAAGAAGAAGACCUACACGAAGCCAAAGAAGCUGAAGCACAAGAAGAAGAAGGUGAAGCUUUCUAUUCUCCAAUUCUAUAAAGUGGACGAGUCUGGGAAGGUGCAAAGGCUUCGAAAGGAGUGUCCGAAUGCUGAAUGCGGCGCCGGAACCUUCAUGGCGAAUCACUUCGAUCGUCAUUACUGCGGUAAGUGCGGCCUGACCUAUGUUUACCAGAAGGCAGGUGGCGACUAAAUUCAUCUAUUGUCGGUCGGAAGAUAGUUAAAUAAAAUUUCACUUGUUUGAUGCAACUUUUUGAUUGAGUUUUUCUCUUAUUGUGCUUCAAAGAUACAUGCUUGUUUAUCUUUUUUUCACCUUAGAUCUGAUGAACUAAUUAAUGGAUUACAGUAGUAUUUUAUAAUGGAUUUGGAAGAUUCUUGUCGACA